GGUCCAACUCCCUAGGAGGCUUGGCCCGUCGUUCUGUAGCCUUGCCUCUGAACUGUCGCGCAGGCUCAGGCUGUGGCACCUUGGUUUUUCAUCCUGCAAGCACCAUGAGAGACCACCUUUGCUGGCCGCUGCUUCUGUUGUUGCUCUUUCUCCAGCCCUGGGAAAUCCAGCUCCAGACUGCAGGUCCUAGGUGCUACACUGGCCCCCUGGAUUUGGUGUUCGUGAUUGAUAGCUCCCGCAGCGUGCGCCCCUUCGAGUUUGAGACCAUGCGGCAGUUUCUAGUGGGCCUCCUCCGUAACCUCGACGUGGGGCUGAACGCCACGCGUGUUGGCGUGAUCCAGUAUUCUAGCCAAGUACAGAGUGUAUUUCCCCUGGGCGCAUUCUCGCGCCGGGAGGACAUGGAGCGCGCCAUCCGCGCGGUAGUGCCGCUGGCUCAGGGUACCAUGACCGGGCUGGCCAUCCAGUAUGCCAUGAACGUUGCGUUCAGCGAGGCCGAAGGCGCGCGCCCAUCUGAGGAGCGAGUGCGGCGCAUCUUGGUCAUUGUGACCGACGGGAGACCUCAAGACCGAGUGGCCGAAGUGGCUGCGCAGGCUCGCGCCCGCGGCAUUGAAAUCUACGCGGUGGGAGUGCAGCGAGCAGACGUGGGCUCUCUACGCGCCAUGGCUUCACCGCCCUUGGACCAGCACGUCUUCUUGGUGGAGUCCUUCGAUCUCAUCCAGGAGUUUGGCCUGCAGUUCCAGGGCCGGCUGUGCGGCAAGGACCUGUGUGCUGAGCAGGGACAUGGCUGCCAACACCAGUGUGUCAAUGCUGCGGGAACCUUCUACUGCACCUGCAACUCUGGCUACAAGCUAGCCCCAGAUAACAAGAAGUGUUUGGCCACGGACCUCUGUGCAGAAGGGACUCACGGUUGCGAACACCUCUGUGUCAACUUCCUGGACUCUUAUUUCUGCCGUUGUCGAGCUGGCUUUGCACUCCAGCAGGACCAGAGGAGCUGCAGGGCCAUUGACUACUGCAGCUUUGGAAACCAUAGCUGCCAGCACGAGUGUGUGAGCACCCUAGCGGGGCCACAGUGCCGCUGCAGAGAGGGUCACGACCUGCUGCCUGAUGGGAGGAGCUGUCGGGUCAGGGACUUCUGCAAUGGCGUGGAUCACGGCUGUGAGUUCCAGUGUGUGAGUGAGGGUCUUUCCUUCCGCUGCCUGUGCCCUGAGGGGAGGCGACUUCAGGCUGAUGGCAAGAGCUGCGACCGGUGCCGGGAGGGCCAUGUGGAUCUUGUUCUCCUGGUGGAUGGCUCCAAGAGUGUGCGCCCACAGAACUUCGAGCUGGUGAAGCGCUUUGUGAACCAGAUUGUGGAUUUCCUGGACGUGUCCCCCGAAGGCACACGCAUUGGCCUGGUGCAGUUCUCCAGCCGGGUGCGCACCGAGUUCCCUCUGGGCCGCUAUGGCACCGCAGCGGAGGUGAAGCAGGCAGUCCUGGCUGUGGAGUACAUGGAGCGGGGCACCAUGACUGGCCUGGCGCUGCGCCACAUGGUGGAGCACAGCUUCUCAGAGGCGCAGGGUGCACGGCCUCGGGACCUUAAUGUGCCUCGCGUGGGCUUGGUAUUCACUGAUGGCCGCUCUCAGGACGACAUUUCCGUGUGGGCAGCUCGUGCUAAAGAGGAAGGUAUCGUCAUGUACGCUGUGGGCGUGGGCAAGGCGGUGGAGGAAGAACUGCGCGAGAUCGCAUCCGAACCAUCCGAGCUGCAUGUGUCUUACUCUCCCGACUUUGGCACCAUGACUCACCUGCUGGAGAAUCUCAAAGGCAGCAUUUGCCCAGAGGAAGGCAUCGGCGCGGGGACAGAACUUCGGAGUCCCUGCGAAUGUGAAAGUCUCAUGGAGUUCCAGGGCCGCACGCUGGGAGCGCUUGAGAGCCUGACGCAGAAUCUGGCCCAGCUGACAGAGCGCCUGGAGGAGCUGGAAAACCAGCUGGCUAGCCGGAAAUGAAGGUCGCCUGCCGUCUGAACACCCGUGCCCCGCAGCAUGAACCGUCCGGGAGGGGGCGCUGGCGGGCCCCCAGCGCUGCCUUCGAGCUGGCCUCGCCUGGACCAGAAGCCGGAUUUGGAGUAGGAUGAGAUGGGGAGGUGCUGGUGGGGAAACACGCUACACUCGCAUGCCCUCGCCGCGUGCUGAGUCCAGUUCUUUGUUGGA